UAAACAAUUAUUUAAGGUUCGUUUAAGUGCGAAAACAAUUUUCUUGCUCAACUUUACGAUCUUCAUUUCCCUCGUCCCCACAACCCCUCCGUCUCUCUGUCCCUCCCCGUCUGGGUACUUGCCGAGAUCUCCCUCACUCCAGCCCAGUUUAGAGAGAUAAACCUCGAGGCCAUCUGAAUCCCAGAGAGAGAGAGAGAGAGAAGAACAAGAGGAACAGAAAUGGCUUUGAAUCGACCAAGAUCGUGCAAUCCUCGAGUGCUGAAAGCGGCAGUGGUGGUGGUGGCGAUGUGCUUUUUCGGAUACAUUCUGGGCCCGCCUCUUUACUGGCACUUGAUGGAAGGCUUAGCCGCCGUCAGCCACUCAUCCUCUUCAUCCUCCGCCUCCUGCCCUCCCUGCAUCUGCGAUUGCUCUUCUCUCCCUCUCCUCACCCUCCCCCAAGGACUGACCAAUUCGUCAUUUGCAGAUUGUGCAAAACAUGACCCAGAAGUGACCGAAGACACUGAAAAGAACUUUGCAGAGCUUUUGUCUGAGGAACUGAAGCUACGGGAAGGAGAGGCCUCAGAAAGCCAGCAGCGUGCUGACAUGGCACUGCUCGAGGCCAAGAAGAUAACAUCCCAAUAUCAGAAAGAGGCAGACAAGUGCAAUUCAGGGAUGGAAACCUGUGAAGAGGCAAGGGAAAAAGCUGAGGCAGCUUUGUUGGCCCAGAAGAGACUGACUGCAAUGUGGGAGCUGAGAGCUCGCCAGAGAGGAUGGAAAGAAGGGGUUGCCAAGUCUCAUACUCAGUCUCUGGGAAAUGUUCAAGCUGCAUAAGCUGCUGGAUCCUUGCUCUAAUUUUCUGGUCCCACCUCAAAGGAGAGUGGUUUUCAUGAAUUUGGUCAACUAGGUUAAGCUAUCUAGUCCUGUUCUUAUUACUCUCGUAGAAGUCUCCAUUUUGUGUCCUGGUCCUCACCUUUCAAUACGUACAGCGUUUAUUACUAGUAAUGUAGAUGUCCCCAUUGGUAAGACCAGGGAAAAUAUCUCAUAUAGUCAGCAAUAUUGUGCUUCUGAAUAUACCUGCUAUCUGGCAAAAUAUGUAUCUCGAGAUGGUAUGAAAAACAUAAGACACUUGUUCCGGUUCCAUUUCUUUCAAAUAAGUAGCUGUUCGAGUU